AUCGCCACAUUACGCAAUGUCUGCUUUAUAAGCAGCUGGUACCACCCUUCCAGAGUCACGGAGGUCGCUCAUCCACCGGCGUGCACAAGACACAUUCUUGAGGAACUCGCAGCACAUCGACAAGAAUCAAGAUGGUCAAUUCGAAAGUCGUGGUCAAGGGGGUGGCAGUGGUCGCGGUCGUCGUCAUGGUUGUUGUGUCCGUGGUCGUGCCGGUGGUCCAGGGAAAGCCCAAGGCCAGCAGUGGUGGACCAGCGGCCGGCGCCCCGGACUUCUCGAAGUUCUUGGGACCACCUCUUCCCAGCGAGGACUGCGUGGGUGUGGUGGCCGCCCCAGGUGCUGCCGCCCUGGUGGCCGACCCGAACGACUGCACCAAGUACUCCGUGUGCUCGGAGACGUUCAGCUCGAAGUUCGACUGCCCACCCGGCCAGCACUUCAGCCCGGCCGACAACAGAUGCGCGACCCCGGAGGAGGCCAAGUGCGACCCCGCUUUUGCCGACAAUGAUGCCGCCGAGGAUGAAGCAAUCAACGUCGAUGUGAAGUCCGUUGCGGCCGAUGUCGUUGACGCCGCCGACGUGGAGGUUGAUGCCGCCAACAUCGUCGCCACCGAUGUCUAAACAUUCGGUCUGCACCGCACGCUGGCUGUGGGUGCACGCAAGUACCGACGUCUUGUCUAUACUCGACGACCACCUUCGCUGGAGACGUGCGUGAAACAGGGCCACACAUUACGGAACAAGGAUGCCCAUGGAUUCCUUCUUAGCCUCCGAGAUACCUGUUGCAAAGAAAUAAAAGUGAUGGUGUUGUGUGUUCCUGAA